CCUCUUUUUUCUAUGAAAAACAUGGUCAACAUACACAAAGUUGUAAAAAAUAAUGGCAUUUCUAUCUUUGACUUUUGAAGCUUAAUUUUUCUUGGCACCAUUCAAAGUUUUUGUACUUGUAUACCCAGAGGAAAAAGAGAGAGAGAGGGAAAACACAAUACUAGGAUGAUAGGAAUAUGAUAUAAGAGUGAAAUGGCAGAAACUGCAGUAUUGUUUGCCCUGGGGGAAGUGUUCCAAUUCCUAAAAGAAGAAACAAAUCUUCUGAGAGGUGUACACAGAGAUUUUUCAGACAUCAAAGAUGAACUUGAGAGCAUUCAAGUCUUCCUCAAAGAUGCAGACAGAAGGGCUGCAGAUGAAGCAGACACCAACGAUGGAAUAAGAACUUGGGUGAAUCAUCUGAGAGAAGCAUCAUUUCGCAUUGAAGAUGUCAUUGAUGAAUACCUUCGGAUGAGGCAUGGCGUCAAACCUACUGGAUGUGUAGCUUCAGCCUUUAAGAUUGCAAGCCUAAUCAAAACUUUGAUUCCCUGUCAUCGGAUAGUAUAUGAGAUUCAGGAUAUUAAGAUGUCAAUUCGUGGAAUCAAGGAAAGAAGUGAAAGGUAUAACUUUCAAAUUUCACAUGAACCAGGAUUCUCAAACCGCAGCAGCAGCACGAGAGAGACAGAAAAUGGAAGAUGGCGUGAUCCUCGACUGUCUUCCCUUUUCAUUGAAGAAACAGAAAUUGUAGGAAUUGAAGGUCCAAAAGAAGAUUUGUCCGGUUGGUUAUUAGAUGGUUCAGCUGAGCGCACAACAAUAUCAGUGGUAGGAAUGGGGGGUCUAGGUAAAACAACUCUUGCCAAGCUAGUUUUUGACAGCCAAAAGGUAUCAGCACACUUUGAUUGUCGUGCUUGCGUCACAGUUUCUCAAUCAUACACUGUGAGAGGUUUGUUAAUAAACAUGAUGGACCAAUUUUUUCGGGGAACUGAUGACCCUCUUCCACAGAUGUUACACAAAAUGGAUGACAAGUCGCUGAUUAUAGAAGUGAGGCAAUACUUGCAACAUAAGAGGUUUUUGAUAUUAUUUGAUGAUGUAUGGCAAGAAGAUUUUUCCGAUCAAAUUGAAUUUUCCAUGCCUAACAACAAUAAAGGUAGCAGGAUCAUAGUCACCACUAGAAUGAUGCAUGUUGCAGAGUUUUUCAAGAAAUCCUUUCUAGUCCAUGUUCACAAAUUGCAACUUUUGCCUCCAAAUAAAGCAUGGGAGCUCUUCUGCAAGAAAGCAUUUAGAUUUGAACUUGGUGGGCAUUGUCCACCAGACCUUGAGGCUGAGUCAAAAGAAAUUGUUCAGAAAUGCAAGCAGCUACCUUUGGCAAUUGUAGCCAUUGGUGGUCUACUUUCAACAAAAUCUAAAACAAUGAUUGAAUGGCAAAAGGUGAGUCAAAAUCUGAGCCUAGAAUUAGGACGUAAUGCUCAUUUAACGAGUCUAACAAAGAUUUUGUCGCUUAGUUAUGAUGGCCUGCCUUACUACUUGAAACCAUGCAUUUUGUAUUUUGGUUUAUAUCCAGAGGACUGUGUUAUUAAUCAUAGGAGAUUAACUCGACAAUGGAUAGCUGAAGGGUUUGUUAAAUUGGAGGAGAGAAGAACUCCAGAGCAAGUUGCAGAGGAGUACUUGUCUGAAUUGAUUCAGAGAAGUCUGGUUCAAGUCUCAAAUGUUGGCUUUGAAGGAAAAGUUCAAACAUGUCAAGUACAUGAUUUACUGCGGGAAGUGAUGAUUAGAAAAAUUAAAGAUUUAAGUUUCUGUCAUUGUGUGCGCGAAGGUAGUGAAUCAAUCAUGGUUGGGAAAACUAGACGCCUAUCUAUAGCCACUAAUCCCUACAAUGUGUUGAAGCGUGCUAAGAAUUCACAGUUUCGUGCUAUUCAUGUUUUUGAAAAAGAUGGAUCAUUGGAGAAUUUCAUCUGUAUGUUGUGUUCCCGGUCUAGGAUUUUGAAGGUACUUGACAUUCAAGGUACAUCAUUGAAUCAUAUCCCUAAAAAUUUGGGGAAUCUUUUUCACUUGAGGUACAUCAACCUAAGGAAUACAAAAGUAAAGACUCUUCCUAAAUCUGUUGGUGAGCUACAGAAUUUAGAGACACUGGAUUUAAGAGAAACACUUGUGCAUGAGAUACCAAGUGAAAUAAACAAGCUGAGAAAGUUACGACAUCUACUUGCUUUCCACCGUAACUAUGAAGAAAGAUAUUCUGCUUUGGGCUGUACAACUGGUGUGCUGGUGGAAAAAGGUAUUCAAAAUUUGACUUCCCUACAAAAUAUUUAUUAUGUCGAGGUAGAUCACGGGGGAGUAGAUCUCAUUGAAGAGAUGAAAAUGUUAAAGCAAUUAAGGAAAUUAGGUUUAAAGCAUGUAAGAAGAGAACAUGGGAAUGCCAUCAGUGCUGCAGUAGUGGAGAUGCAACACCUUGAAUCACUAAAUAUCACUGCAAUGGUAGAGGAUGAAAUUAUUGACUUAAACUUUGUGUCAAUCCCACCAAAACUUCAGCGUCUUCAUUUGCAAGCUAGACUAGAGAAGUUGCCCGAUUGGAUUCCAAAAUUUGAGAGUCUUGUUCAGAUAAUGCUGGCUUUAUCCAAGCUGAAAGAUGAUCCAAUGCAAUCACUGAAAAACUUGCCAAAUCUGUUGAAGCUCUCUUUGUGGCAGAAUGCCUAUGAUGGUGAAAUUUUGCAUUUUGAAAAUGGAGGAUUUCAAAAAUUGAAAGAACUGAUUCUCAGUCACUUGAAUGGAGUAAAUUCUAUCCUUAUAGAGAAAGGAGCUUUGCUCUCUCUUGAAAAGCUUAAAAUGGAAAAGAUCCCCCAACUGAAGGAGGUACCCUCAGGCAUCAAACCCAUGGAUAAGCUCAAAGUCAUUGACCUAGUUGAUAUGCCAGAUGAAUUUGUUAAGAGCAUUGAUCCAGACAAAGGACACAACCACUGGAUUAUCAAGCAUGUUCCAAUUGUAUUCAGUCGUCAAUGGCUUGGCCCAAAAUUCUAUGAUUAUGAGAUUCACACUAUUAAUUCAUCCUCCAAGGUGUCCUGAGCUUGAGAAUGAUAUGGAAUCUAGCUAGCUUCAAAAGAAGAAGAAAUUCAGGUUCUCCAUGAUACAGAUCAAAGAUGACGAAUUUGUUCUUUAUUCCACCUAUGGUGCUUCAAGUCAAAAUAAAAUAUUUCCUUCUGAUCCUACAUAAUCAAGGGAAAUAGAAUAUCUUCUAAUCAAGACCUAUAAUUGGAUUCCAUUCAGAUGUCAGAUGUCAUUUUGACAUUUCUUUCCUACUUUUGCCAUUUGUGGUUUUUAACUGUUAAUGAUUGCUGAGAGCUUUUCUUCAUCCCAUGUAAUAAUAAUAAAGUGCUGUUAAAGAUUGCCA